AUGAAUGAAGAAAUUAUUGAUCCAGCAAGAAAAAUUAAACUAGAAAUGCUUAGUGCAGUAAUACAAGAUAAUAAAAAUAAUGAACAACAUUUACCUGCUACUAAUAAAUUAGAAAAAUUAGAUUUGUUUGUUAAAUCUCUUUUAAAUAAAGAUUUACAAGAGCGAUUGCUUAGUGAGAAUAUUUUGGAUGUAGUGAGGAAGUGGCUUGAGCCACUUCCUGAUAAUUCGUUACCUAACAUAAAAAUUAAAAGAGGUUUACUAGAAGUUUUAAAAAAUCUUCGUAUAAACAAAUAUCUUAUAAUAGACAGUAAAAUUGGAGAAAUUGUUCAUUUUUAUAUGAAGAAUCCCAAAGAAUGUAAAGAAAUAAAAAAUAUCGCUAAAGAAGUUGUUUAUACUUGGCUUAAUAAAGUAAUAAAAGAAGAAGGAGGAUUAUAA